AUGAUUAAGACUUUUUUUUUCGAAUAAAUUUUUCGAGAUUUCAAUUUAUCAAAAGAUGACGGAACAGCAUUAUUUUGGAAUAUAAAUAAAAUUAAUUAAACUGUUAUAGAAUCAUUAGCACCUCUUGAUCUCAAGAAAUUGCACGAAAUUUUUCUUCUUUUUGUAAUAAUGGAAUACUUUACGAAAUUAAAUUGGAUGAAAUGUUCCUCAUCCAGGUUUUGA